AGAGAGAGAGAGGCCAUAGUCUACCUCUUUUCUUCUCUCGUUCUUUUGACAGACAAACGGAAUGGGGGAAGGGAUGGAAGAGAGAGAGAGCCGUGACUGAGGAAACCGACGUCAGAUGGACGGUGGGCAGGCGCUGAAGACUGAAUUUGUGUGAGAGAGCAAGAGAAAGCCCUUUUCCCUAUUCAGUGGUCACGGAGAAAGUGUGGGGGAGGGAGAAACCUAAGCCAAGAAAGGGAACAAAAAGACAACCCACCUCAACUACAGCGGAGUCUCUGCGAACUCCGAGGAAUUUAUCUUGAAGAGCGAGCGCAUCUUACUGAAGACUGAAUCUUUCAUUCAUUGUUGGAAAUUUCUGCUGCUGUAACACCCGGUUUACACUGACAGGAAGAGCUGGUGCUUGCGUACAUUGAAGAGCAGAAGCCUACUGAAGCAGCAGAUCUGUUCUCCGUGUCAACACAAUGGCCCUGAGGACCUGGUUCAGUAGUGUGUAGCAUCAAGGGUGGUUCGGCUGGGGAAGAACACCACCGCAUCAUUCCCAGACUGUCUCUGACCAGCAGCAGAGGGGCCAUGCAGAAGCUCAUCUGACGGGAGCGACAGCGGGUUAACGGACGCGGCACCAGGAAUUUUUUUAUUGACUCCACCUGGCUCUGAAUGCCCUUCUCAUUCCACCACCUUCAGCAUUGAAAAUCGACACGUUUUUAUUUGCUGGGCGAAAAGGAAUACAAGAAACUAUCAGAGAGGAGGAUUUUGGAAAAACCCCCGGAGAACUACAGUCCCACACGCCCGCCCCUCCCCCCGCCCCCUCAACAGGUCGCCUCGGACCGGAACCCGGAGCCAUGUGCCACGUGAUCGUGACGUGCCGCUCCAUGCUGUGGACGCUGCUGAGCAUCGUGGUGGCCUUCGCCGAGCUCAUCGCCUUCAUGAACGCCGAUUGGCUGAUGGGGGCCCCGCGCACCCCGGACCCCGUGGUCGGGGCCCAGGGGACCCUGGAUCCCUACCGGCCCACGCUGGGCCUAUACACGCGCUGCAUCAAGGUGACGGGGCACCGGCGGGGCGUCCAGUGCGGGCCCUACGCCGUGGAGUUCAGCGAGAUCGCCAGCGGGUUCUGGCAGGCCACCACCAUCUUCCUGGGCACGGGCAUCCUGCUGCUGUGCUCGGUGGCCUUCAUCUCCGUCUUCACCAUGUGCUUCCAGAGCAUCAUGAAGAAGAGCAUCUUCAACGUGUGCGGCCUGCUGCAGGGCAUCGCAGGUCUGUUUCUGAUCCUGGGCCUGAUGCUGUAUCCAGCCGGCUGGGGCUCGGACAAGGUCCUGAGCUACUGUGGACAGGACGCCGCCCCCUACAAGGUGGGCCAGUGCUCCCUGGGCUGGGCCUUCUACACCGCCAUCGGGGGGACCGUCCUCACCUUCAUCUGCGCCGUCUUCUCCGCCCAGGCCGAAAUCGCCACCUCCAGCGACAAGGUGCAGGAGGAGAUCGAAGAGGGGAAGAGCCUCAUUUGCCUGCUUUGAGCCAGGACCAAGACCGCCGAGGCCCGAGACUGCUAAGACCGAGGCCAAGUCGACAGCUCCAGGCUUACUAAAAUAAAAGGCUCGGGUCUGACAACAUUUUGGCUUGACUAGUCUCCGACCGGCCACAGCCUUCUCCACUCACAGAAGGGACUGAGACCUUAUCACCACUAAGACUUUAACCGUAACAAGUUUGCUUGUCGUUUUCAUUUGAGCUGGCAUGGCUUGCUUCUUAUGUAAAGCUUUUCCUUCAGUGAUGCUGCGCAUGUCAUUAAUGUCCCAAAUUCACAGUGCCAGCGUAAGCUAAAAUGACUCCGAAUGAAUUGUAAAUAGCUGUAUAUACUGUACAGAGCGUAACACAAUGUGGAAUAGAAUUUUUCUCCGGUCGUAAACACGA